ACGGAUAAAUGUCGCGCCGAGCGGUUAAAAUGUUUGCAGGGAAAAACGCGGGGUCCCCACUAUUUUUCCCAGAGAGCUUUAUAUAUCAGUCGUCAAAUCUCGUCAUAAUGAACACGGCAAACUGCUGCUUUUUCAAACAACCUACCAACUCUUAUCAUCAUCCAAUAUGGCACCAACUGCAGGAGGUGAUGCGAUCCCCAACCAGAUCUCGAGCCGGCGUCUACGCCUCGCUGGCCCAAGAGGUAUCCGUGGCAUCGUCGCAAACAGCCAGAUCUUCGCCAUCGCUGUCUUUGCUUCGCUCGGCGGACUUGUCUACGGCUACAACCAGGGAAUGUUUGGCCAGAUUCUCAACAUGUCAUCCUUUGCGAAGACGGUUCACCCUGAAUCAAUCAGCAACCCAACCGCCCGCGGUCUACUUACUGCCAUUCUGGAACUCGGUGCCUGGGUCGGAGCUAUGGCGAACGGAUACAUUGCCGACAAACUCGGCAGAAAGCUCUGCGUUGAUGUCGCCGUGUUUGUCUUUGUGAUCGGUGUCAUCGUGCAGGCUUGCGCAAAGGCACCAUCUUAUAUUUUGGGCGGACGUUUCAUCACCGGCUUGGGUGUCGGUUCUCUUUCAAUGAUCGUUCCUCUCUACAACGCUGAACUUGCUCCAGCUGAGAUCCGUGGUGCUCUUGUGGCCUUGCAGCAGCUCUCUAUCACUGCCGGAAUUAUGAUUGCAUAUUGGAUCGGCUAUGGUACAAACUUCAUCGGCGGAACGGGCGACGGCCAGUCCAACGCUGCAUGGCUCGUACCUAUCUGCAUUCAAAUCGCACCGGCGUUGAUUCUUGGCGUUGGUAUGAAUUUCAUGCCGCAGUCUCCUCGUUGGCUGAUGUCUGUCGGUCGCGAGGAAGAGUGCUUGCAGACUGUGGCUCAUAUUCGCCGAGCAGACGCUGAAACCGAGCUUGUUGUUCUUGAGUUUCUCGAGAUUAAAGCACAGCGUGUUUUCGACACAGAGACCUCGCAGCGAUUGUUUCCUCAGUAUCAGGAUCACUCUUUCAAAUCCGACUUUAUGCUUGGAUUCCACGCCUAUGCCCGCUUGCUCACGAGCCCAACCCUUCUCAAGCGAACGCUUGUGGCGGUCCUUAUCAUGCUUUUCCAGCAGUGGACUGGAAUCAACGCCGUUCUCUACUACGCCCCGUUCAUCUUCCAGGAUCUCGGCCUGACCGGUAACUCAGUCUCGCUUCUGGCUUCGGGAGUUGUUGGAGUUGUCAUGUUCCUCGCCACAAUCCCCGCAGUCAUCUAUAUCGACAAUCUCGGUCGCAAGCCUGUUCUCGUCUGCGGCGCUAUUGGUAUGGCGAUCUGCCACUUUGUUAUCGCUGGCAUCUCAGCUUCCUUCGACGGUGUCUGGGAUCAACAUAAGGCUGCAGGCUGGGUUGCAGUGGUCUUUGUGUGGCUCUUUGUCGUUCAUUUUGGCUACUCCUGGGGUCCCGCAGCUUGGAUCGUCGUCGCAGAAGUGUUUCCGUUGGGAGUCCGUGCAAAGGGAAUCUCGAUCGGCGCGUCUUCCAACUGGCUGAACAACUUUGCCGUGGCAAUGGCUACUUCCGAUAUGCUGGCAACGAUGAAAUACGGAACUUACAUUUUCUUUGGACUCUUCUGUGUCUCUGGAGCCACAUACGUUUACUUCAUUGUACCCGAGACCAAAGGGCGCACUCUAGAAGAAAUGGAUGAGGUGUUUCACGAUGAUUCUGGAGAGGGAAGAAAGGAUCUCGAACGCAUGGACAAAAUCUGGCACGAUUUGGGAAUGUUUAACGAGGUCUUGCCAAGCGCUCGUGACGUCAUUGGCUCAAAUUAUGAGAAGGGUUCUAUUGCGCAUACCGAGGUCUAAUCCUACUCUGGGAAGUCUUAGUUUGUUAUUUGUUACUGCCUUGAGAUUUGUACUGUUUGUUGUGUAAGGCGUAUCCCUAAAAAAUAAAUCUGCGCGUUCUUCAUUAGUCUCGAAUUUAUGGUUUCCAGCAUCGUAGAGAUGGGUAGACCAGCAUUCGCGCAGACGGCUCAACCCUGACUGUCCAUUCAAAUCUUCUCAAAUGCGUGCUCUUACAAUAUAUAUCAUGUCUGAGGGUAUCAAGGGCAAUCGAUU